AUGUCUGGGGGUAUCCAUCCCCCGCCGGAGGUCGUUGCAUCCUGGCCAAACCCGAAUUUCGUAAGCCCUGCCACGCACAGCUAUGCAACGGUGGUUUUACUGGCUGUCUUCGGUCCAUUAACCUUGCUAGCUGUGUUCGCACGCAUCUGGGCACGAGCGGUCAUACAACGUAAAUCUGGACUAGAUGACUGGGUCAUGCUAGCUUCCCUUGUGCCUACUACAGCACUCCUCAUUGCAGUUGGAAUUGGGAACCAGCGGCUCUUCAACCGUCACAUUUGGGACUACCACUCAUCCGAAUUUAUAGAGCAGCGGAAGCUCACCAUGGCGAACGAGGCCGCAUAUGUUCUUAGCAGCGGCAUGAUCAAGGCGUCUAUUCUACUCUUCUACCGACGAAUGGUUUUCAAGGCUGUCCGGAAGGCGUACAAGAUAAUUGUGAUUGUCAGCCUCGCUUCGAUCGUUCUUUACACUUUUGGAUUCCUUCUCGCUAUGUGUUUUGCUUGCCGUCCUUUAAAUGCGUUUUGGAACCAACUCGACCGCUCAAAAGUAAAAGCUGGAUUCACAUACAAAUGCUACAAUGAGAGUGCGCAUCUCUUGGCCACAUCCAUCAUCGUCACAUUACAAGACUUCGUCACAACAACUUUGCCCGCGGUUCUCUGCUGGAAAUUGCAUAUCACAGUUAGGCAGAGGUUUGCACUAUAUGCUUGCUUUGGCAUUGGAUACGUCGUCACUAUCAUCUCCGCAUUACGGUGCUACGCUAUCUAUUACGUCUUCUCCAAUACAUACGACGUGCCAUGGCAUACUUGGUAUGUCUGGAUCCUUACUGGGCUGGAACUCUCCGUCGGCACGAUAUGCGCAAGUGUUCCUGCGCUCAAGGUUUUCUUCAAGCACUUCAGGGACGCCAGCUCUCAGUCACGCGAUACCGACGAUACAGAACUUGGCAUCAACAAAAUCAAGUUCUUGCAUAAAAUGGGCCGAUCGAAUAGUGUUGGAUCAGAUCCAGAGGAGAUAAGAAGCCAACCUUUGAGCAAUGUACAAACGUUGGAAAGUUCUCAUUCAGCCAUCCGGUUGAAUGAUUCUUAUGCUUCAAAAGAGUGA